AUGUACGGCGAUGGGACGGACGGGUCCGUGUGGGAGCGCGUGGGGAGACCCCGGCGGGACUGCAUGUGUUAUCUGGGACCCCCGACUACCCUGAUGCCCAUCGGGAUGCGGAAGUCGCCCGAUGUCAGUCCCAGACGGCUGUCCGACAUCAGCCCGCAGCUCAGACAGCUCAAGUACUUGGUGGUGGACGAGGCGAUCAAGGAGGACUUGAAGGCUUCCCGCUCCGUGGAGGACAUCAACAGCGCCUCCAUUGAGGAGCGGAUACUGCGCAUCACCGGAUACUAUGGAUACCAGCCGUGGAAUGCAGUCUACAACCGAGAGGAGCGGUCACGGGAGACUGUGGUGGGCGUGGCAGACGGCCAGGCGUCAGGGGGCGGAGCAACAGCAGAGGGUGCGGUCGGGAGGCGGAGACUUCAGUGCUGCAUACGGGUCACAGCAAUACAGGUGCGCAAGGCAUUAUGGGGCGUGGCCAUGGUGCUGUGUGUGUGUUCGUCGUGGGCGGGGUCUACGCAGCUGGCCAAGUUGACCUUCAGGCAUUUCGACGCGCCCUUCACCCUCACCUGGUUCGCCACCAGCUGGAACUGCCUCUUCUUCCCCCUCUACUACAUAGGCCACGCCUUCAAGAACCCCGACAGGCAGCCGCCCAAGCAGCGAUUCAGGGAGUGUUGUCGGUUCUUCGGGGAUGACGGUCUGACGGCGAAGGUCUUCUUCACUAAAGUGGCUCCCUUUGGGCUGCUGUGGACCCUCACUAAUUACCUUUACCUGCAGGCGUUGCGUAAGAUCAACACUACAGAUGUCUCGGCCCUCUUCUGCUGCAACAAGGCCUUCGUCUUCCUCUUGUCCUGGAUAGUGCUGCGAGACCGCUUCAUGGGCGUACGGAUCGUGGCGGCCAUCUUGGCGAUCGCGGGCAUCGUGAUGAUGACGUAUGCGGACGGCUUCCACAGUCACUCUGUCAUCGGAAUCACGCUAGUCGUGGCCUCCGCAUCCAUGUCCGCCCUUUAUAAGGUCCUCUUCAAGCUGGUCCUGGGCAGUGCUAAGUUCGGGGAGGCGGCACUCUUCCUGAGUAUCGUGGGCGGGGCCAACUUCGUCUUCAUCAGCGGGGUGCCCGUCAUCCUCUACUUCACGCGUGUCGAGUACUUCGGGUCGCCCAGCGACAUCCCCUGGGGACACCUGUGUGGCGUCGCCGCCCUACUGCUGGCGUUCAACAUCCUGGUGAACUUCGGCAUCGCGAUCACGUACCCCACACUGAUCUCUCUCGGCAUAGUGCUCAGUGUCCCAGUCAAUGCCAUGGUGGACCUGUAUACGUGUGAUAUCCAGUUCAACACGGUGCGUCUGAUCGCGGUCUUCAUCAUCUGCUUGGGCUUCCUGAUGCUGCUGCUGCCGGAGGACUGGGACCAGUGUCUGAUCCAGCUCAGGACCAAGCUGCGCAAGCCCGACGAGCCAGCAGAGGGCGCCGCCGAGGCCGGAACCGGAACCGGCCUCAACUGGAGGAACAGGAACCGGACCAGCAUGAACACUUUUAACCAUUAG